AAUGCCGGGCUAGUGGCAGCAGGGAUUCUACCAUAGAGAGAGGGGAGAAAACUAAGAAGAAGGAAACUAAUAACUCCAGAGCGUUGAGUGAACUGAAACAGAGGAUGAAAAAGAGUGAAUCUGAAAAGGUGAAACUGGAAAGCAAGCUGAGCGUUAAAAAGGAACAGUUAAAGCAGAAUCAGCAAAAGAUAAUGACACAAGAAAGAACAUUAGAAAAAAUAAAGAAGGAGAAGCUCCGCUUGAAGAAAGGGAAUGAGAAGCUGGAGAAGGAGAAGCAGGAGCUGGAGGCCAACAUGAAGAAGUGGAAGAAGAAAAUGGAAAACUACAGAACCAAGUAUACUGAAGCAGAACUCGAAAAAACACAGGAAUCAGUCAUUUUUCUCUAAAAGUUUAUCCUUCCUUUGUA